GAGAUAUUUCAAAGGACUUGGUUGUCAUGAACAAAUCAGUUCUGUGUGUUCUAGGUCUGGCUGCCAUUGUCGCUUCAUGCAGUGCCAAUGCUGAGGGUCAAGCUAAUGGGGAAAAGAUAUUUGUAGCCACAACAGAAAGGCCUGCCAAACCUGCAUUAUAUAUACCAUAUGGGGAUUACCCGCUUACCAGUAAAAGCAUGCCGGACGUGAAGAAGGUCUGUUUGCAAGAAUGUAAAAAGAUGCAGGGAUCUGGAUUCAGUGGAUUGAAAGCUGCAUUUGAAGAAGAAUGUCUCCAAAAAUGUGGCAAUUUUCGUAACACCCACAAUUGGGGAAUUGAAGUUGGUUAGUGAUGUACAAGUUGGUAACUGAAUAUUGGGCUAUUACGGACUCAAUGAUCAUAUAAAUCUUAUGAGAUAAAAGUGGUUUAAAUUUGCAAAGAUUUGUAAGAG